ACAUAAAUGGACAGUACAUGGAAGAUUUUAAUAAAACAUACCAACAUACACACACAUUUAUUCAGUGGUCGAAUUGAAACAAUUCAUGUCAGGUUACUGUCCAGCGUCACUCUAUACAAAAUGCAUCAUCAAGACCAGUAAAGGAGUAAAUUACUAAUCAUCCAAUAUUUUUGUGUGUGAAGAAUUUCAGGAACAAGUAAGUUGGAUUGGGAACAAGACGAUGAAUCAAGAAAUGAGUGGCUUUGAGGAUCAAAUGAAACGUGUAAAUGGGGUUCAUCAUAAUGAGGAUAAAAUAGAUUACGUGUUUAAGGUGGUGGUGAUUGGAGACUCUGCUGUUGGUAAAACUCAGGUGCUUUCCAGGUUUGCUAAGAAUGAGUUUUGUUUUGACUCAAAAUCAACAAUUGGUGUUGAGUUUCAGACUAGAACUGUUUCGAUUCAGUCUAAAGUGGUUAAGGCUCAGAUCUGGGACACUGCUGGACAAGAAAGAUACAGAGCAGUAACAAGUGCAUACUACAGAGGAGCGUUAGGAGCCAUGUUAGUUUACGACAUAACAAAGAGACAAACAUUUGAUCAUGUAGCCAGAUGGGUUGAGGAGCUCAGGGCUCACGCGGAUAGUUCCAUUGUGAUCAUGUUGAUCGGUAACAAAGCUGAUCUAGUAGAUUCGAGGGCAGUUCCAACUGAAGACGCGGUUGAAUUUGCAGAGAGGCAGGGGCUAUUUUUCUCUGAGACAUCGGCUCUUAGCGGGCACAAUGUGGAAUCAGCCUUCUUGAAACUUUUGGAAGAAAUAUUCGACAUGGUAUCGAGGAAGACUUUGUUGGUGGCUUCUGGUGCUAAUGGAAAUUACAUCAAAGAGACUAGUAAUGGAUUGCUUAAAGGAUUGAAAAUUGAUGUUAUUUCUGGUCCUGAUUUAGAAGUUAGUGAGAUGAAGAAACUAUCUUCUUGCUCUUGCUAAAUAUAUUUAAACAAAAAGAUUUGACUAUAUAAUGGUAAGUGUGUCAAAAAAUGUGGUUGUAUAUGGGAAGCUUGUCAACAGGAUUAUUGCUCCCUAUUUUGGCUUUAUAUGUAGCUAGUGUUUAGAUUAUAUUAUAUGAGAAUGUGGAGUGUGUUGUGAUCUAUAUUUUUGUAUGCAAUUGAUUCUCUAAUGUAAUGAACUUUAGUUAAAUAUGUAUGUACAUGAUUUUCUCAAA